CUCCACCACCACCACCGCCUCCUGCUCGCCCACCAUCAUGUCUGGGCAGUACGAGUCCAUCUACCUCUCCACGGGCGCACCCGGCGCCGCCGCCACGCCCGGCCGCCUCAAGAUCUCGCCCGGCGGCGUCGGCUGGAAGGCCGACAAGGGCACGAGCGAGACGCGCGAGAUGAUCAUCCUCGAGCGCGACGCCAUGAAGAGCUUCAGCUGGUGCCGCGUCGCCCGCGGCUACCAACUGCGCGUGAACCUGCACAAGCCGCGCGUCGAGGGCGGCCUGUCGCGCGAGACGUUCGACGGCUUCAAGCGUGACGACUACGAGGGCCUGUCGAAGGUCGUGUCGGAGAACUUCAACGAGGUGCUGGAGCAGAUUGAGGUGUCGGCGCGCGGCUGGAACUGGGGCGCGGCCAAGAUCGUGGGCGACGAUGUGCGCUUCACGGUGCGCGACAAGCUCGCCUUCGAGCUGCCCGUGGCGCACAUUGCCAACUCGAACAUCGCGGGCAAGACGGAGGUGAGCAUGGAGUUCCUCAACCCCGACGAGCAGCAGCCGGCCGCCAAUACGGGCGCGGCGACGGGCAGCGGCGCGGGCAAGAAGAAGAAGAUCCACGGCGACCAGCUCGUCGAGAUGCGCCUCUACGUGCCCGGAUCGGCGUCACGCGCCGAGGACGACGACGGCUCGGAUGACGGACGCGGCGAGGGCGAGGAGGAGGAGAGUGCGGCCAAUGCCUUCCACGAGGCCAUCAAGGCGCGCGCCGACAUUGGCCAGGUUGCCGGCGACGGCAUCAUCGUGUUCAAGGAGGUGCUGCUGCUCACGCCGCGCGGCCGCUUCGACGUCGACAUGUACCCGUCGUUCCUGCGCCUGCGCGGCAAGACGUACGACUACAAGGUGCUCUACUCGAGCAUCAAGCGUCUGUUCCUGCUGCCGCGCCCCGACGACGUGCACGUGCAGUUCGUCGUCGGCCUCGAGCCGGGCAUCCGCCAGGGCCAGACGCGCUACCCGUACCUGGUGCUGCAGUUUGUGCGCGAGGAGGAGAUGGACGCCGAGCUGAACCUCGACGACGAGACGCUGGAGGGCAAGUACGAGGGCAAGCUCAAGAAGCGCUACGAGGAGCCGACGUUCAAGGUCGUCACGACGCUCUUCCGCGUGCUCACGGGCCAGCGCCUGAUCGCACCCGGCGCCGACUCGUUCCAGAGCGCCGGUGCCUCGAGCAGCGCGCCGUGCGUCAAGUGCAACGUCAAAGCGACCGACGGCCUGCUGUACCCGCUCGACAAGCAGCUCAUCUGGGUCAGCAAGCAGCCGAUCCACGUCUUCUACGCCGACAUCCAUCAGGUCGUCUUUUCGCGCGUCGGCGGCGCCGUGUCGUCGAGCAAGACGUUUGACCUCAAGGUCGUGCAGCGCACGGGCCCCGAGCACACGUUCCAGAGCAUCACGCGCGAGGAGCACGACGCGCUCGAGGCGCACUUCCAGCGGCGCAAGGUGCGCGUCAAGAGCGAGAUGAACGACAUCGACCCGGCGGCAGCGGUGAUGGCCGAGCUGAGCGACGACGACGAGGAGAUGGCCGACAUCAUCACAGACGACGACGAGGAGGACGGCGGCCGGAAACGGAAGAGCAAGGCCAAGGCGUCCAAGGCGUCUGCCAAGGCGGCCGACGCGAUGGACGAGGACGAGGACUCGGAGGAGGACGAGGACUUUGCGGCGUCGAGCAGCGACGGCGGCUCGCCGAGCGAGGCGUCGAGCGACGAGGGCGGCGCCGAGAGCGGCAGCGACGACAUGGCCGACAAGAAGCCGGCCAAGAAGCGCGCCAAGAAGGCCUGAGCGAGACGAGUGGGUGACGACGUAAUGACAGCGACUCUCUGCGCGUCGCGUGUGGCAGUGCGAGCGCAGUGAAGUGGACAAUGAGGGUGCACGGGGCCACGGCUCCUCUUCUCGCGCCCGCCUGCAGUCGUGGACCAAGCAGAUGAUGUGGGGCGUGCGACAACGCAGGGGAU